ACAUGCAUAUGCACAGUUAAAAAAAAUAACAUGGAAAAAUGACCAAAAAUAUGAUCAAAUUCAAUUGAAAAUCCAGCCAUUCAUUUUCAUAUGGGUCUAUCAUAGCUGACUUAGGGUGAGAGACCAUAAACUGGUUGCCCAGCCAAUCUCAGUCAUUCAAAAUGUAUUGCAUGUAACCAUUAAUAAAAGCCUGUAGUUUUUAAUUUACUUGUAGUUACAGUAUCUACUUUAAUUUGAGACUCGUUCUUUACACAAUAAUCUGAAUUUCUAUUUAGGGACAGAGUGUGAGGAAUCUGAAGAUACACUGCACACUUUUUAGUAAAACUAACCCUAACCCUACACAGUGCAUGUAACUCUUAUGUGGACAGCGCCCUCUGCUGUUAACAAACGUUGAAGCGUCUCCGACCUCUGUCGUGCCCAAAAGGGGGCGGAAUCCAGUCGUUAGAGACAAUGAAAGGAAAACUACAGACGCAGUUGAAGUCAUACCUCUUCUGGCUCGUGGAUGGCACAUCACCACAGAAAAUGUCACAGCCAAGCGCGGGGAUAAUGGCAUGCGCCAAAUCAUUUGUGCUGUUAUUCUCUGUACUCUGCACUCUCAAAGGCUCUGGGGUGGCAUACAACGUGACAGGACACUCACCAGCCAUAACAUUAGCAGACGGCCGUGCAUCAUGCUACACGAUCGAGCCUGGCAUACUGGCGGGUAUUAUAAGUGCCGAUGUGCUGUUGACCCUUAUACUCGUCAUCAUCACCUACCAAUGUGCCAGAAUUCAGCUAAGCAAAAGUCAAAAGCACAGAGAAAAGCAGGAUCACAAAACGUAUAUGAAUUUCCGGGCGUCGAAGAAGACCUGACCGUUUUUCUACACAGAUUAUUGAGUUUUAACCUUAAAAAAUAAAGCUGAACUGUUUUUUUGUUUUUUUUACUUUAUCCUGAAAUCUAAAAAGACACUGUUACCUUCAAGCAUCAAAUUUGGAUAUUACUUUUGUCUCAUGUUGAAAAAAAGGAGUAUUUGGCAUGAAUGCCAUGAAGUUACACAAAAUAUCAUAAAAGCACUGUACAUAGGCUUAUACAUACCGUUUGGUACUGUACGUAUGUAGCCUAUUAAAUCUGUCUUUCUAACCAUUAUUGCAACAAAUAAAAUCCAAUUUUCUAGACACUC